AUGCCAUCAAAAAAAAUAACUCAUCUCAAAGUUUUUCAUCGAUUACAGCGAGAAGAAGAAGAAGCUCUCCUUCCACCAUUCUUCCAUAUUCCCAUGACAAAGGACAAUGCGAUAAAUUUGCUUCAAGCAGUUAACGCGUCUUUUAAUCCCACAGCAUUGUUUUAUUUUUGUAUCUCCUCUGACUGUAAUAAUGAUAAAAAAAUCAAUCUACAGCGACUUGUUCUUCAACCAUCAACCCUCGAUGCUAGAAAUAAAAACUUUGUGCCUUUAACUUGUCGUGUUCAAACAAAUCAACUGGAACAUGCUAAUACACAAUUUAACUGCGUAAUUUUGUCAACCAUUACAAAUUAUCUCACUCUGUUGUUGUUCGUUUGUAAAGCACCUGAAAUUACAGCUUUUAGCAGAAGGAAGCUUCAUACCGGAACAAAAUAA